AUGACAUCAAGACUCUUCUUCUUCUUCGUCUUUACAAUAUUAUUCGUGAUUCCAUAUGUUCAUUCACUUCGAUGUUGGAAUAAUUGUACUUUUCAGGGAUUACACUUAAAUACAUCAGUACCUUCCGAUCUCUGCACAUCAUUAAAUCAGUCAAAUAACGAUACAGAUCAAACUUGUCAAGUCAAAUUAACGAUUGAUCCAAUACAAAAUCUAGUUAAUGGAUCAUUUAUAUCUGGAAAACGAACAAUUUUAAACGGUGAUCAUCUCCUUGUUCGAACACACUUUCCACUGAAUGAUAGUUCGGUGAUCAUUAAUAUCGAUUACACGUGUUCUGUUAACGAUUAUUGUGAUAUUGAAUUUGUACGAGAAACAUUAUCAUCAGCAUGGAAUAAAGUACCGAUAAAAUCAAUUCAUAAACAACUUGUGAGUCGUCUUUACGAUCCAAAUAACACUGAUGUUCCUGUUCAAUGUUCGAACAAUAAUUCGUGCUCAAACAAUACAACAUACUGCUUCGGUUCCUAUGUCUGUACAACAGAAGUAUCGAACAAUAAUUACUUUAUCGAUAGUGAAUGUACGCAGACAGAUGAAAUUCGCGGUAUUAUAUGGAGAAAACGUUAUUUUACUUCUCACGCUUCGAAUUCGAUAAAUACCGGCACAUAUUUCUGCAAUAAACCACAUUGUGCUUCGGAUACAUCGAUUGGUGAUACAUUUCAGUGGUUGGAUCGUGAAUACAUUCUACCGUUAAAUAUCUCUGUGGUUAACUUUACAACAACCCGAAGACCAACGACGACACGCGCUACAACACUUUCAUCGACAAGAUCUACUACAACACGAAGAAAUAAUGCUUCAUUUGUGUUCGGAUUUUGUAAUUCUAUUCUUUUGUUAUUUCUUGUUAUGAUCGUUCUACAACAAAAUAUUUUCCAUAGAUUUUAA